AUGGACUCGCCGCAAGUGCCCAAGAGCACGUUGUCUCCUGCAAUCACAACCGAUAAUACCCCCGACAACAACAAUCCUACUUCAACAACAACGGCACUGCCAUUAUCGGACAACGACAACGACAACACCAACGGCGACGACAGUGUACCCAAGGAACACACGCCUGCGACUCCCGCCGCCAAUGGAGCAACGGCACCAUCUUCUUCGUCUACUAGAGUGCGAUCAACCGCGCCGCGAUUCAAGAUGCAAAGCAGACCCGCUCAGCUGAUCAGGAACCUCCACGCCAACUACUUCACCCCCCCUUCCUCCUUCACAGAUUGUCCUUCGUUUUCCUCUCCCGAAGCGACUACCGUCGGCAAGGUCAUCCAGUCCAUCCGCCAUAACCUCUUUGCCUUUGGCGCCAUUGUCUCCGUUGCAGGAUGCGCCAUCUUGAUUGGACACGGGCGGACAGGGCUCUAUCUCCAUGGAAUUGGUCACUCGGGAUUGCUGGCCCAGGCGGCCUAUCAAGGCUUGUUCGCAGUCGCCUGCUCCUGGCAAUGGCUCAAGCCAAUGUGGUCGUCAUCACCAUCACCAUCGCCGUCGUCGUCGUCACCGAGGAGUACAAGUCAUUUAUCUGGAAUCAGGAGCGACGACACUAGCUCGCCCCUCGACACCAAACCAGCAGAGCCCACCACCAACGCUUCAGAACCAUCGAUCACCAACAACAGUAAAAGUGCCACUCUCGACCAGGCAUCCACCUCGAACCCAGCAGCAACGGCAUCAACAACAGCAACAUCAACUGCAGCCAAAGCAACAACAUCUACAACAACCUUGCUUCACAAUACCACGUCAUCAUCCUCUAUCUCGACAUCAUCCCGCUCUUCGUUCCCAUACUGGGUUUUGGGCUACGGCCUUUUAGGCCUCGUGGGUCUCACUCCUGCAUUGACAUCUCACGGGUGGCACCCGUUUAUCUGGAACCCAGCCAUCAUCCUCUCAACUCUCGUGCCCCUCUUCCUUGCGCCUGCUCUCCUUGGACUCGACAGGAUCUCAGCAGCGCUCUCAGAAGACACGGACCGACAUAACGCAGAGCUGGAUGAGCUUCAAGAGCGUCAUGAGAUCCUGAUGGAAGCAUACCGGGACGAGAACCUGCUCAAAAAGAACAUCUUGCUCGAGACAGUCGGUAAGGAGGUCCAGGAUGCCGCGACUCUCGCGAUCGAGACUCUGCGUCAGAUGACCCCCACGAGUCUCUUCCCACCCAGCGUCUCCCGAGAACAACUCAGUCCGUGUACACUCCCCAUCCCGAUCACGAGCGUCCUCGGCCUGUUUACCACCAUGAGGCAUCUGCAGUACAUCUCGAGGAAUAUGCAGCGCCUCUCUCGGGUCAUGUUUACAGAGUACGUCCAGGGUAUCGUCGAAAAGACUUCGCCUCAUUACCACCGGGGCGAAAAUGGCUUUGAUGUAGGCGAAUUCGUUCAAAGUCUAGGAGAUCUCGUGUCUGCAGACGCCUCGUUAAAGGGGGUCGAAUUUGUUAUUUACCACUCUGAAUACGGUUUGAGCCAUGUGCCCAUCAAAGGAAGCGAGGAAAGCUGGAGGCAUGCCCUCAUCAACCUUAUCAAAAGCAUUAUUGACUCUGCCAAGUCUGGAUCGACGGUUGAAUUGUGUUUGGUCCUUUUUGCACUCCCACAACCUGAGGUUGAGAAGAACAAGGUUAUGGUCACGUUCGAGAUCAUUUAUUACCCUAAUCACGCCUCGACGUCGAACGAGGACGAUCUGGCCCAACUGAACGCUCUCCUGGCGUCCAAGCUGGUCAAGGCCAUGGGCGGAGCCCUGGAGAUUCAAGCCUUGGAGGACUUUGCCAAAAAGUUCAUUGUCUCCGUCGAGGUCGAGAUGAACCAGAGCGGAUUAUUACAAGAUGAGAAAUCCGCCUCUACCACCGCCAUUAACACUCCCAAGUCUGGCCAGGAUUCACCAUCGUUAGUCCACCCCCUGGAUCCUGCUGCCAAACCAGACGAACCCUUGCAGCCAAUUCCCAUUCAAGGUCACCUUCAACGAUUGGAGAACAUGCAGACAAAGUACCCAAUGCACGAAUCUCAACAGUUCUUCCAACAGCACCUCAAAACACCUCUCGUAUCGCCCUCUCCUUCUCCUUCGUCGCCACCAUCAAAACGCGGAGCAGGAAGUCCAAAGACUUCGACUGAGCCCACAGUUCAGGAGCUACUUCGAUUCAGCCGCAAGCUUGGAGGCCUUAAGGUUGUGAUGAUGGCCAGAGAACAUUCGGCCUUUGGUGUCCGACUUCUUGGCUACUUGAAGACGUGGGGAAUCCACGUCACCACAAAGACCAUCCGCGAUGCCGAUGGUACUGAAGGAGAAGGCGAGAGCGAAUCCGAGUUCACAACAGAGGAUCCACAGACACCGACCGGUGCUGCCCAACGUACCAACUCUUCCUCAUCUCUUAACGGCAAACCAUCGGAUGCUUCAGGAAAAAUUGACGCCUCAUCAGCAUUAAAGUCGGUCGGUAACCCAGCCUUCAUUAUGAUUGACGACGAUGUCAGAGUUCUUGGACAACAGAUCCUCAAGUUGCAGGCCACUCCCCCAUCCCCUGGUCCAGGGUCCACAACACCCAAGGGACGUCCUACGCACCGACGACAUAAAUCCAUCACCUCGAUCCAGCACACCAGCAUCAUCUAUUUUACUAGCCUGCCGACCUUCAAGCAGGCCAGAGACACCAUCACGUUCAUCAUUGGUACCCAGAUGCCUGGAGUGCACUACAGUUUCGCCAACAGCUUGGCCGGUCCUCCGCCUAGCCAAGGACCUUUGCCCUACAUCUUGGUCCUUCCAAAACCCGCAGGACCCCGGCGUGUUUUGACGGCCAUUCACACGGCCAUCAAUGUGCCUGUCCUUGAUCAAACAUACAGCCCCAUUGCAACCGCGCCGACCUCCCCAGCACCAAUGGUUCGACACUUCAGCACAGAGAUCAACCCAUUCGACCGCGACCGGAUUUGCUAUGACCCCAUCUCACAUCAAGCCUAUGCACAGACUACCCUACAUUCGACCCAGAGUUCUCCAGGAAGCAUAAGCCCCAACCAUCCACUGACGUCGGAUCAACGACACCGACGGGAGAUGCGGCAGUAUGCCGAGCCUGGUGGAAGUGGCGGCAUGGCGACCUAUUCGUCCGAGAGCCAGUCUCUGGGUGGAAUAGUGUCUCCAGAGACACCAGGCGGGCCCCGCUUCAUAGCCUCUCCCAAUGGCAUGCCGGUUACAGCCUCGGGCAACCAGCUUCCAGGAAUUCUGUUCGACCCCACCGCAUCGCGACCUCAGGGAACGUUGUCACCAUCGCCUGGAGGACCUGGCCAGAGGAGGGUCUCCAAUGGAAGCGCUCGCUAUUCCAGCCACGGGUCUGAGGGCAGUGCCUACGUGAUCCCGCCCGCUGCUGGAAUUGUCCAGCACCAGCCCUUCUCAGCAAUGCACGCACAACGCACUGCCGACUCAGCCGUUGCGAAGGCCCAUACACUUUCUCCAGACCCAGCUCCGACCACGACCUCCCAAUCGGCUCUCCCUGCAGGAUAUAUCCGCUUUAGCAACGGUCAGGUGAUGCGACCGGGUACCCGCUCCCCUCUGACCACCCCUCCCAUGAUCAUUCAGUCGCCUGGCAUACUGUUCUCGCCACCUACAACCCGGCACUCUGGCAUGUCAUCGCCCUUGCCCCAGCGAUCUACUGACCCGUUAACACCUCGCGGCGAGAGCGGAGGUACUCACCGUAUUAUCGGUUCUGACAGUCCCAAGGGAUCCCACCCCGUUUUGCACGGUUUACCUUCGCCCCUGGCAGUCUCUGCAGCAGGAACGAUUCUGCGGAACAGUCCAGGAGGAGCUACAUCCAGUUCUUCCUUUCCCAGUCACGGAACAUCACCCCUUCCCAACACCUCCGAAACCACCGCCAACAGGACUCGAAGUGGUUCCACCCCCGCCAAGAAGGCCAAAGACACAGGCGCCAAGGCAACCACUUCAUUGGUCAAGAGUGGAGUCGUUGAGCGUGUCAGUCCUCUAGUGAACGUGCUCAUCGUCGAAGAUAACAUGAUUAACCAGACGAUUUUGAUCAAGUUCAUGCAACGCCGAAAGAUCAAGUUUGAUGUCGCUUGCAACGGUAGAGAGGCCGUUGACAAGUGGCGUGUUGGCGGGUUCCAUCUGGUCCUUAUGGAUAUUCAAAUGCCGGUGAUGGACGGAAUUGAGGCGACACGGGAGAUUCGUCAGCUGGAAAAGGCGCAGAGGAUUGGCGUGUUCCCAACCGAUAAGCCCAACUCGAUCGGAAACACCAUGAGUCUCAUGGCGGCCUCGGCAUCAGCGUCCUCUUCAGCAACAUCGCCACAAGGAGCAACUACGCCAUCUUCUCCAUUCCGAUCGCCUGUCAUUAUCGUGGCCUUGACAGCUUCUGCCGAGAGUGAGGAGUCGAGGAAUACGGCAUUGCUAGCUGGCUGUAACGACUAUAUCACCAAGCCAAUUGAUCUGCCGUGGUUGGAGCGCAAGAUUGUGGAGUGGGGUUGUAUGCAGGCGCUGAUUGAUGUCGAUGCCUGGAAGGAAUGGAAACGGGAUCUGGACGGCACAACCCCUGGAAGUCCUAGCGCCGGUCCCUCUGUGGGCGGAACUGUUGGUGCAUCGGCUGCGCUGAAGCAGUCGUUGGCGAGUGCAGGAAAGUUGACCCAGGCUUCGCUCAGGAGACCGUCGAGCACUCGCUGGACCAAGGGCAACAAGGCCGCUGCCGCCGCUGCAGCCGCCGCCGUGGCCGCGAAGAACGCAGUAGCAGAUGCAGAUGCGGCCGCUGGAUCCGGACCCGACAAUGGCUCGCCAGCACUCACAGCCACCAAGACAAAGACAACGCCAAAGUCAGCAGUGUCAACAGCAGCAGCAACAUUAACAAAGACAACGGCGGCUGCUGGCGAUGCAGUUGUUCCAGUGUCGAGAUCAUCGCCUGGGACACCUUUGACGACGACGAGCGAGACGACAAGCGCGGUUCAGAGUGAUUCGUCAGCUCUUGUUCCUGACGAGGAUUCGCCCCAUACUGUCAACUAG